AUGUUCCGUCCAGCCUCCAGAGCUCUCCUCCGCUCCCCGUCGACGCCGUUCGUCGCAGUCCGUGGCCCGGCUAGCAGGCGAUUGGUAAGCACCGCUUCCUCCUCGGGGACGCCCAAGUCCAGGAGCUGGAAGAAUACCGUCGUGAGGAUUGGAUUGGCCGCUGGCGCGGUUUACUAUUAUAACACGAGUGAUAUUUUCGCCGGCCAGCCGUCGUUCUCCCUGCGAAACCAACCCUACGGCUACGAACCCGUCGACGAAAAGUCCCUCCCCACACUCAACUCCAUCGAGCCGAAGAUCCGCAAGGAACGCGAACAAGAACGACAGAGGGAACAAGCCGCGCGCGCCGCCGCCGCCCCCGCAGAUGGAACAACCCCCGGUGGGAAAUCGCCCGAGCAGCUAGAGGAGGAAGCUGGCCAAGAGGCUGCGUUCAACCCGGAGACUGGUGAGAUUAACUGGGACUGCCCGUGUCUGGGCGGAAUGGCUCACGGUCCUUGCGGGGAGGAGUUCAAGGCGGCGUUUAGCUGCUUUGUGUACUCGAAUGAUGAGCCCAAGGGGAUUGAUUGUAUUGAGAAGUUCAAGGGCAUGCAGGAUUGCUUCCGUGCGCACCCCGACGUUUACGGCGCCGAGCUAGAGGACGACGAUGCUCCCGCUGAGACCCCCGCCGCUCCUUCGAAGGAGGAGGUUUCCGCUGCCGUUAAGGCUGACGCCGCCUCGCAUCCCGAUGAAAAACAUGCCCGCGCAAAGGAGAUCAAGACCCAGGUUGCCAGCGCCGCAGCGAAGGAGGGCGAGCAGGCUGAGAGCGAGGAGCUGAUCCCCAAGGCAUGGCACGACACGGAAAGCAAGAACACCGAGUCCAAGGCUCAGAAGUCCGAGAAAUGA